AUGUCCCGCAACAAUUCCGUCAGCGCUCUCCAGGGCUUUUCCAUUUGUCAGCCUUUUCUCGGUGCCGCCCUCCAGUUCUAUCCUUCUCUGGGCACUCAACAGCUCGACGACCUCAUCAACUCGUACCUUCCUGGGCCGUCCUCAAUCAAAGAGAAGAGAGCUACCGUGUCCAUGGACUUCUUUGAGUAUUCCCAGCUCACUGGCGAGACUUUCAAGUACUAUCCUGUCUUCACCCAGACAUCAUCUGCCGAGUCUAGUCCCAUCCAGGAUUCCGGUUACGGUUCUAGCUUUGUCUCUCCCGUCAUCUCGGACUGGAGCUGGUCUCAGUCGACACCAAGUUCUGCAUCCGCAUCAACCCCUACCUCCGUUAGCCAGGAGACGAUGUCAUGCAAAGCCCCAAAGAAGGUGGCCGCCCAAGCCGCGAAGUCGCAAACUAGUGACUUUUCCCAUUUGCCGGGCAUGAAGAUUAUGACCAAGGAUGGCCGCGACGUCACAAACUCUGCAUCACGCGGUUGCAAAACCAAAGAGCAGCGUGACCAUGCCCAUCUUAUGCGAAUCAUUAAAGCCUGCGACGCCUGCCGAAAGAAGAAAGUCCGCUGCGACCCGAGUCAUAAGAAGCGGACCACUGCGCAAAAUCACACAGCUGCUCCAGCCAGAUUAGCGAAGAAGGUCAAAACAUCACCAACCCAAGAAACACGCUCAUUCAAAAAUCAGGAACCACAGCAAAAUAUUUCCUCAUCGUCCUCAUCUCUCUUGCCUGAGCCAGCUUUCGCGAUUUUUGAACAGCCUGACAUGUCGGUUGAGCUACCUGAGUCGUGGGAGUCCUUGGUGCACUUCGAAGACGAGCCUGCCCACAUCGCUCCCUUCGACUAUGACUUCUUCUGUGACCCCGAAGGUCACCUCUCUCCGCAAUCAAACCAGUCUCCCGCAACUCCUACGGCAUUUUCCCAGCCACAAAUUGGACACAACCUCCUUCAUACCGCUUUUUCGAACCAGCCUUUCCACGAAGAGGUCGCCGUUCGCCCUCCCACCCUACCGUAUAUGGACGCCACGGUCACUGCAAACAACUACGUCGAUUUCAGUCUUUAUUCCCCAGAACCAAGCUUCUUGGACGAGGACUCUGCGCUUGUCACUGAUAUCGGUUCUGCUAUUGGCAAAGAGCAAGAUAUUCUGUCGCAACAUCAUGGGUUGGCUCAAAGUAGCCCAUCGCUGCGCUCUCGCGAGGUUGAGCGCAAUAAACCGCUACUCGCCCCAGACGAUUGCCUAAAUGUUCACCAUGGCACAUCGUCGUCUCCACAAGUCUCAGGGACCCCAUGUGUGGUUGAUCAAGGUUGUCACUCACUAGCUGACGAAGGACACUCAACUUCAAUCACCAGGCACCAAUGCGUAUCACAGAACAACAACAUUUCUCGCUCAUCCUGCUCACGCCUCCUCCCUGAUUCCUCUCCCACUCAGAUGGUACGGUCACCACUGGUGAUCCACGAGCUUUCGAGUAGCCGCUUAUCACAAUGCCCUGCGCAGCGUCUUUCUGUCAACGACACUGUGAACCAGCCAUUCAACACCUUUGCAGAACUACCACAGAGGGGCAAUGCAUCUUCGCCAAUUACAAAUGGUCUCCGUCCCACUGUCUCGGUUGCUCUACCCUUGCCCGAGCCCGCACCACUAGCCACUACAAUCUCUGCAACCUUGUUGUCGCGCUCCUUGGCACCAGCCGAUGGACUAUCUCAAGAUGCGGAGACGGCUACAGCAACACGUGGCAACCGCAACGGUGGAUCGGUCAACACAGCAACUUUUUCGAUGAGGUCUUCUUCACAGGUCGCUGUUAUAGCGUCAUCAGAAAACCGCAGGGCAUUCAUGUUGCUUGGCACCCAAAGUCAUGUCACCGAAGGAACCGUAACAAACGGAGUUCUGUCCGCAAUGACACCGGUGACAGGCAACGGUCCCGUCUUUGCCCGUCGCUCCGCUGUUGCCCUGUCACCCACAAUGCAGCUACUGUGCAUACCACUACUUUUAGUGGCAAUUGGCAUCGUUACAACUUGGCUGAAUGCCUUGGCAGUGACUCGUGGCUUUUCCCAGUUUGCGCUUGGCCUGGCGAUGUAUAAGGCCUACCACUCUGACUCUAGUCUUUAUGGCUCGAGACCGCAACAGAGCCGUCUCAGUACCACGCCUAAGCCGCAGGGCUUCAGCAACGGCGCGAGGCUACUCUCCUGCGUCAGCACGAGACUACGACAUACCCGUCGGCAGAAUCAAAAGACACAUUGCCAGUCUAGACCGGCAGUGAAGUCUAGGAUUCUGGGCUUCGCGCAAGGGCUCCCAUGA